AAUAAUAUGGGCGAGUUCUCCAUUCAAAAAUGUCUCUCGUUCAUUCCUGACAUAACAUCAUUUUUAUGAAAAUUGUCUAAAUUACAAAAAAUAUAAAAAUUGUGAAAACUUGAAAAAAUUAGUAAAAUCUAUAACAAUAAACCAUAAAAAGAAUCAAUAAUCCAAAACAAGUUGCGGGUUACGAUUCACAAAUAUUCACAAUCAUGUCAGUGUUGCCUCGAGGGUAUGAAUGCUGCCGCGCCCCGCCUAGGUACGGCUGUGUUCGUGGAGAGUACAGCAUCUAUUACAAGAGGCCUCGGUGCGGGCAGCCAAGACCACAGCCCUUCCAGAGAGAGACUGCGUGCUACUACUGGGGAUGCCCUAGCAACGCGCCUGUUGAAAGACCUUGCUGCUACGACUACCCGUGCAAAGCGCACUGCUUCAACCACGGUGCCUGCACGAGGCCAAGCGGGCGGUACGCGCGCACAGUCUGGUACCCCGGCGAGUGCUGCCCCUGCGUACCCCCCUGCCAGAACUUCACUUGCCCUAACCCCCCCUACCAUCCCUGCUGCUACCACACCUGUAACAAACAUGUUUAAUCUCUUAUUUAUAUUUAAAACUAUCUUUGCAACUGCUAAUAGUAAGAAACCAUUUUUUAGCAUAAGUUUCUAAUGAUCCUUACAAGUUGAACUUUUUAAUUUUGGGCCUGCCAAGAACAGUUCUAAUUCGUUCUUGGUGGAAGGUUUCCUAUUCAAGUGUUUGUCGUGUAUUCGUAGUAAGUGAUAUGAUAGUGACAUGUUUGUGAAUCGUAACCUGUAUUGUCCAAUAAAUGGCUUUAACAGUA